AGUGGCUUCUGUCAACAGGAGGCUGUGUGUCUGUGUGAGAGAGAAAAGCAGCGACGUCGCGGAGCCGCAUAAUAGGAGACCCCCCCCUCCCCUUCUCCUCCUCCUCACUACCUACCCCUCUCCGCUUCAACCGAGAGCUGGGGGGGGGGUCCUUCGAUGGACCGGCGGAUCACCGCGUCUCGCGGCCUGCCUGGCCCCGAGCCGGAGCGGUCGAGCUAAUUUAUGUGGAUGAUGGAUUCAGCGCAUGAUCUACAAUAUUGAAUUAGUAUGUGCAUAUACUUAGAAUUGAUGGGCAUGACAGGAUGAAACGCAACAGACAUUUGAGCAGCAGUGACAGUUCAGACAAUGAGAGCCCUUCAACGUCAUUGUCCUCCCAUUCAAAGUAUAGGAGUGACCGGCAUGUUUCAGCACGUGGGAAGAAGAAGCCUGCUGAGGUAUUCAGGAAGGAUCUCAUCAGUGCCAUGAAGAUUCCAGACUCCCACCAUGUGAACCAGGAUGAAUACUAUCUUUUGGCUGAUCAGUGGAAGCAAGAGUGGGAGAAAGGAGUUCAGGUUCCAGCCAGCCCAGAAACAAUUCCAGAUCCAUCUGUUAGGGUUAUUGUGGAAAAGGUAAAGGAGACUUUGUUCACUAAACCACGGAAGUAUAUCCGCUGCUCUACCACUGAACCCUCAGACCCCGGAUAUCUUAACAUCCUGGAACUGGCAGAUACUGUGUGCCGUUACGACUUGGAUGAUGUGGACAUUUACUGGUUGCAUGCGGCAAAUGAAGAACUGAGAGAAAUGGGAUGUGGUUUGAUUCAUGAAUGCACUAUGGAGAAAAUUAUAGAAGCACUGGAGCGUCACUGCUAUGAAAACAUGAACCAUGCCAUAGAAACUGAGGAAGGGCUUGGAAUUGAGUAUGAUGAAGAUGUUAUCUGUGACGUAUGUCGCUCCCCUGAUAGUGAAGAGGGCAAUGAGAUGGUCUUCUGUGAUCGGUGUAAUAUCUGUGUCCAUCAAGCAUGCUAUGGGAUUCUGAAAGUGCCUGAAGGUAGCUGGUUGUGUCGCACUUGUGUACUUGGAAUUUAUCCUCAGUGUCUUCUGUGCCCAAAGCAAGGCGGAGCAAUGAAAGCUACACGCGCUGGGACCAAAUGGGCACAUGUCAGCUGUGCCUUGUGGAUACCUGAGGUCAGUAUUGCCUGUCCUGAAAGAAUGGAACCAAUUACAAAAGUGUCUCACAUUCCACCGAGCCGAUGGUCAUUAGUCUGCAGCCUUUGCAAAUUGAAGACUGGUGCCUGCAUUCAGUGCUCAGUGAAGAGUUGCAUCACAGCCUUUCAUGUAACUUGUGCUUUUGAGCAUAGUCUGGAGAUGAAGACAAUCCUGGACGAUGGUGAUGAGGUGAAGUUCAAGUCUUACUGUCUCAAGCACAGCAAAAAUAGGCAGAGCCAAGAAGGUGACUGCGAACAAAAUGCAAAAAUCAGUGAGCAAAAGCAGAAACAGACUGAAACCGAGAAGAAGGGCUUGCGUGCGCAGAAGCUUCAGGAGCUGGAGGAAGAAUUCUACACUUUGGUAAAAGUUGCCGAUGUGGCUGGUGAACUGCAUCUCUCCGAGCAGGUGGUAGAAUACAUUUUUGAAUACUGGAAGCUGAAGCGAAAAAGCAAUUUUAGUAAACCACUGUUGCCUCCAAAGGAAGGUGAAGAAAAUUGCUUGGGUCUGCAGAAGGAGGACCGGAUCCAUUCCAGAAUGAAGAUGUUUAUGCAUCUACGCCAAGACUUGGAAAGGGUGAGAAAUCUUUGCUACAUGGUGAGCAGAAGAGAGAAACUGAAGUUGUCGCAGAGUAAAGUACAAGAACAACUUUUCAACUUGCAUAUUCAACUGGUGAAUCAGCAAAUUACUGCAGGUCUGCCCUUGUCAUUACCACGGGAAGGAUUGAUGUUCCAUGACCCUCCAAGAAUCACAAUUAAGCUAAAAACAGCUACCAAACCUUCACGAAACGUCAACAGUAAUGCUACCACUCCUGUCAAUGGCCCACUUUCCCUCAACGUUGAUGGUAGUUUAUACAGUAAAAACAAUUUGGCAACACCACAAGGCUCCAGAACUAGUGAAAAGAAGUUACAGUCCAAUCACUGGCUUAAACACGAGGAAAGAAGCAAUGGACUGUUGCUGACUGGUAGCCGCCAUAGGCAGGAUGUUCAGGCAGGCAGUUCACUGCUGUCCUCCGAAUGUCGUGUGGAGCAGGCAUCUGGCAAACCAUCAGCGCUUCAUAUAUCACUACGUGGACAAUCGACCGAUGCCAUUGGAAAGAUGCGAGACAACAAUAAUCCAGGGUUACUCAAAUCAAAUGGCCUAACAGGCAGGUCAGGCAUUAUUAUUCAGAGAGACAGUUCCAGUCAAACCUCCUAUGAUAAAGUAACAACUCUUACAAAUCAUUUUGCCAACCAGGGCACUUUCAGAAAAUCAAAACUGGGUGAAUUUGGUCAGCCUUGCAAAGACAGGUUGGGCAGUUUAGUGAGGACUUCAGAAGACUUCCGAAACUGUGAAAAGCCUUUGAAAAGGGGGUCGGCCAAAGAUCGCCUGUGGAGUAAGCAGCUUUCUGAGCACCAAGCGACAACUGCAUACCAGGAUAAUGAUGGCUACUGUCCCGAUGUUGAAUUGAGCGAUUCGGAGACUGAGGCUGACGUUAGACAGGAGAGGAGCAGGCUACGGAAAAGAAACUCUGAAGAAAACCCUGGCCAGGACUACGGGAGAGAUUCUCGGUCACAGCAACAUAACAAGGACAGCAGAACUAGGUUAAACAUGCUUUGUCACAUCAAUUCAGUACAGAGGUGAUCAAUACUUGAAUGAAUAAGGACACUGUGCUAUAUGUAAUUGAGCCAAUAUUAGUCCAUUUUUUAUAGCUCUGUGUGGGCAGCAAUAUUUGAACUUGCUGUAGAUUACACUCCAGAAUGAUCUGCCCCAUGAAUAGAGAUGAAUGACAAGUGUGUUUCUAUCAAAGUUUUUAAAGAUGCAAGUUUUACUUUAAAACUGAAUGCCUUAUGGUGGACUGGGGUAUUCUAACAAUUGAACUAUCAAGGAACCUUUUAAUUAUUUUUCCUGAUGACUGGCAUUGUUUUAUUAUUUGCAGCAUGUUCUUAGACACAACCAGCUGUACUGAAAGUUUUUGAUAAUCUUGUGAGAAAAAAAACCACGAUUUAGCUACUAAUUGCCUCCAAAAAAAGUGUAGAAGUUUUCUCAGACUGAAAGCACUUGGAUUGGUGUUUUGCAAUUGCAAAUCGCGUAGAAAGUAUAUGUAUUCCAUGAAACGUUCUGCAUUGCCAGCCAACUUUUUUUUAAUUAUUGUGGUGGAUAAAAUAUUUUUCUUUGUCAUCUAGGCCAAUCUGAUUCUUGAUUUUUUGAGUCGCAAUCUGCUUUUUCUCAUACACGUUCUACAUCGUAAGUCUCUUUUGUUGAUGAGAUACACUGAUUUUUUUUU